CCCGUGGCGGAGUGAUCUGCUGUUGUGGAGGUCCUGACGGGAGACAGGCAGUGGAUCGAUAACAAACCGGGCUCGGUGAAAAACUAUGAGUGCAACAAUAGGCAGCUAGCUGGCUUCUUAUCUUUUAUGAGCCCGAACCCCCGGCAAGCAGAUCCACACAACCGAGACCAUGGAAAGAAAAGGCGUUCCCAUUAAGCGCAUCCUCAACAAGCCCCAGAUAGUCCGCAGCCUGGGCAGCAACCUUCACGCGGAUGUGAACGCCAGCCACUCCCGGGCCGGCUGGUCGCUGCUGACCAAAGGGCAGCGCAGCAGGCACAAGAAUCUGUACGAGGUCAACCAUCAAAUCAGGAACAAGCCGGAUUUAAACACAACACUACCAGUUCGACAGACGGCUUCCAUCUUCAAACAACCAGUCACCAAGGUUACCAAUCACCCCAACAACAAGGUGAAGACGGACCCGCAGAAGGCUGUGGACCAGCCGAAACAAUUGUUCUGGGAGAGGAAGUUGGGCGGUUUAAAUGCGUUUGAUAUCGCCGAGGAGCUGGUGAAAACGAUGGAUCUUCCCAAAGGCCUACAGGGCGUCGGGCCGGCGUGUUCGGAUAAAACACUUCUUUCUGCCAUCGCCAGCGCUCUGCACACCAGCCCCUCACCUGUCACUGGACAACUCACGGCCGCUGUGGAGAAAAACCCCGGAGUCUGGCUCAACACGUCGCAACCUCUCUGCAAAGCCUUUGUGGUGACGGAUGAGGACAUCAGGAAGCAGGAGGACCUGGUGCAGAACGUGCGGCGGCGCCUGGAGGAAGCCCUCACAGCCGACAUGUUGGCUCACAUAGAGGACACCACUGCAGCCGCAGCCGCAGCCAACAAAGCGCUGGAGAAGGUGGAGCAGGUGGACAAGGAGGAAUUAUAGCCAAGGUACACGCGACUUCAGAGCCGGUUCUGUUGGUCCACCCGUUUCCUCUGUUUGAUCGUCCUGCGUCGUGAAGAUCUUCAGUACAUCUAACGCGUCUCUCUGUCUCGGCUCCGCCACAGGCUUGUUUGAGAUGAAGUUUGCUGGUAAACUCCUUUCCUUUUCAAAUAAUUGGCUCCAUGAAGAUUUUUAUACACUUUGAGAUGAAAUAGACGGUAAAUGCAGACGUUCUACCCAUUUUGUUUACCUAAACUGAAACUGUUUUCUUUAAUAUUAUUAUUAUUUCUUUUUUUUUUACGUUCAACGGUGUAAUUCUGGAAGGGUGCUUUGGAUUUCCAGUUCAUUUUGACCUCUCCCGAUGUAAGGCAACUUUCUUUAGACUCUACAUACUGUUUCAUGUCUCGAUGACGUCACCAUUUCAUCGUGGAUACUUUGUCGAAUCAAAACAAAAUGACUGUUCCUGUAAGUAGUUUUACUUUUAAGGAAGUUUACGGCAGUUGUGGAUGAUUCUCUACACAAUGCAGUGUUACAGUUUGUAAACAGCUGUUAAAGCUCAAAGUAAAAAAAAAAAAAAAGUAAAAAAAAAAAGAUGUGUUUUGUGUGUGUGCACGCGUGUGUGUUUGUAUUGAAUGUAUAAUUUCAUGUCGCCAUCUUAAGUGUGUUUCUUUUUUGACAUCUUUCUUUUUUUAUAUUUUACUCUGGCGCUGCAGGUGUAUCGUGUUUAUGUUUGGAAGCAUAGAAAGGUUGCAGUAUGUUUACAUGCACAUGGCACUGUUGUGGAUGUGAAUAAUCAAAUUUAGUUUAAAGCAGUGUUAUUUCUCACAAUAACUCGAGUUUACAUGGUUUUGAAGUUCAAGUCUGGGUGUUUUUGUUGACUAAAGAAUUAUCAGUACUGUUUGCCGGCUACAUUUGAGUUUUAUAUGUAACAGAAAAAGUGUGUACCUUCAGAAAAUACAGAAACCAAUAAAACACUGAUGUAACUUGCCUCAAGAUGUUCUGUACCUCAUUACAAGAAUCAUUAUUUGUCUCCAUACCACUGUGAAAUAAAUGCAGCUCUUUCACGGCG